AUCUGUUAGUGCGCAUUUUGUGCUUCAUGUGUCCGUUAUUCGGAUCGUAUUAUUGUUUCUACGAUUCUAAUCGACGCGUUAUUCUUAAUUCUAUCUUCAUCCCCUUUCUUCAUAUAUCUUCUUAUCUUUCACAUAAACGCGAUCUUCUUUAUUCGAAGCUCGUUCACGGAGACUUACAUCGACGCGAUCUCUAAUUUUCGGAUUUAAAAAUAAAAAUAAAAAAUCUAAGAAAAAAAGGCAGAAGUCAAUCGCGUGUGGGACAUCACCUGUACACUUCUUCUUCUUCUUCUUCUUCCUCUUCUUCUUCUUCUUCGUCUUCUUCUUCUUUGAGGUUAAAAAACCAACCAGUAUCGCAAGAUGCCUCUAUCGGAGUUCCGCAAGAAGAAGCUGCUCUACGUCUUCAACGCCUUCUUCGAUGUUAAUCAGAGCGGUGCCAUCGAUAAAAAAGAUUUCGAUCUGGCUGUUCAGCGGAUUUGCAGCUCUAGACAUUGGAGUAGCGAUAAUCCAAAAACACAGCAGACGAAGGAUACGUUGUUGAAAAUAUGGGAAGAACUACAACAACGUGCCGAUUCUGAUCAGGAUGGACAAAUCAGCCGAGACGAAUGGUAUUCUAUGUGGGAAGAUUACGCUAAGGAUCCAGCAAAUGCGCAUGAUUGGCAGCAAACAUACAUGAAAUUCAUGUUCGACCUCGAAGAUUCCUCCGGUGACGGAUCAAUCGAUGAGAACGAGUUUAGCAAUGUUUGUCAUAGUCAUGGCGUACAGGAGGCUGAAGCUCGUGACGCUUUCAAAAAGAUGGGGGUGGGUAAUGAAGUAACACGAGAUAAAUUCUUCGAGCUUUGGAAACAAUACUUCACCUCUGACGAUCCCAACGCACCUGGAAACUUUAUUUUCGGAAAGACCUCGUUCUAACCGUCCUUUCGCUUCGGAUUCGUACACGACGUUUAUUAUUAUCUUUUCGUUAUCAGCAUGCCAAAAUACAUACGCUAUCGUUAUUAAUUGAAUAAUUACUUUCAAUCUGCGAUGCAAGUUACGCGAUCUCUAAUCAAGUUUUAGUUUUUCUCUCUCUUUCUCUUUCUCUCUCUUUCUCUUUCUCUAGAUAAUAUAGAGCUGAGAGAUCAUUAUAUGAGAAAGAAGACGAAAUAAGAUAAAAGAUAUCGUAAUAACUGUUAAUAUCUCGUUGUUAAUCGGUAAUAAUCGUUGGUAACGCUAUUAAUCGCUGUAACACCGAAGCUAAGUAUUGCGUAAUGUUCCAUAACGUGUUGUUGUAAAUUUAGUUAACGAUUUCGUUCUAUACGAAUCGUUCUAUGUAAUGUCGUAAAGAAAAGUAUUGAGAGUUUUAAUAGUUUCUAUAUGUUUGAAUAAACUCAUAUAAUUCGA